GUGGAGUUCACUUGGAGCAGCAGAGGGCAAUAAAGCCGCAGGCGAGGGGGAGGCAGCGCAAGCCGCAAAACCCACCUCGCGCGCCCCGCCUCCACCGCCCGCCGCCGCCGCCGCUCGCCGGAGAGCUCUCAUUCAAAAACUAGCAAAGAUGGUACAAUGUACUCAACCUCCUCCCCAGUUAAAGCUCCCAGAGAGUAAGAUCACAGAACUGACAGAUGAUGAGAACCAUGAUUCGCCGCCAAAACUUGAGAAAAGGACAAGGAUGCACCACAUUGAGAGGCACAGAUCUUGUGUUGUGACCUUAUCUGACAUAGAACUUAAUGGUCUGCAACCUCGUCGUCUGCUCCAGACCAUUGAGAAAAGCCCAGGAGGAGGAUCACAGUGUUCGCUCCAUGAAGAAACACCUACAGAUACUAAUGCAUCACACAGGCAUGCAAUUGCAGAUGCUGCUUGGGAAGCCCUCAAAAGGUCAAUAGUUUACUUCAGAGGCCAGCCAAUUGGGACUGUUGCUGCAAUAGACAAGUCUCAGGGGGCAGCACUCAACUAUGACCAGGUUUUCAUGAGGGAUUUCAUUCCUAGCGCAUUGGCUUUUCUUAUGAAAGGAGAACACUUGAUAGUGAAGAAUUUUCUGGUAGAAACUGCACGCCUUCAGUCAAGGGAGAAGAUGGUUGACCUUUUCAAGCUUGGUCAGGGUGUGAUGCCUGCAAGCUUUAAGGUGCAUCAUCGCAAUCCUACCCAGAAGACAGAAAGCUUACUGGCUGAUUUUGGUGAAACUGCCAUUGGGAGGGUUGCUCCUGUAGAUUCUGGCUUAUGGUGGAUUAUUCUCCUUCGUGCUUACACCAAAUGGACAGGGGAUAAUUCUCUGGCUGAAAGUCCUAACUGCCAAAGGGCCAUGCACCUUAUUCUCAGGUUGUGUCUCUCAGAGGGAUGUGAUACUUCUCCAGCCUUGCUUUGUGCUGAUGGGUGCUCCAUGAUAGACCGAAGAAUGGGCAUAUAUGGCUACCCAAUUGAAAUCCAGGCUCUCUUUUUCAUGGCUAUGAGAUGUGCCCUAAGCUUGUUGAAGCAAGACUCUGACGCUGACUUUGUGAAUCACAUCACAAAACGAAUCCAAGCUUUGAGCUACCAUUUGCACAGUUACUACUGGUUAGACUUCCAAAGACUUAAUGACAUAUACCGCUACAAGACUGAAGAGUACUCACAGACAGCUUUGAACAAGUUCAAUGUGAUACCUGAAUCGAUACCUGAUUGGAUAUUUGACUUCAUGCCUAGCCGGGGUGGAUACUUCAUUGGUAAUGUUAGUCCUGCAAGGAUGGAUUUCCGCUGGUUUUGCUUGGGCAACUUCAUUGCAAUUCUAUCAUCAUUGGCGACUGGAGAGCAGGCUGAAGCAAUACUGGAUCUUGUGGAGGAGCGCUGGCAAGAACUCAUUGGUGAGAUGCCACUCAAGAUCUGCUACCCUGCGAUGGAAAAUCAGGAAUGGCAGAUAGUCACUGGAUGCGACCCGAAGAACACCAGGUGGAGCUACCACAACGGAGGCUCAUGGCCAGUGCUGCUGUGGCUGCUGGUGGCGGUGAGCGUGAAGCUGGGGCGCCCUCACCUGGCGCGGAGAGCCGUGGAGCUGAUGGAGCAGCGGCUGGCCAAGGACGACUUCCCCGAGUACUACGACGGCAAGGCGGGGCGGUACGUGGGGAAGCAGGCGCGCAAGUUCCAGACGUGGUCGGUGGCCGGCUACCUGGUGGCCAAGAUGCUCCUGGACGACCCCUCCCACCUGCGGAUCGUGGCGCUGGAGGACGACGGCCACUCCCGUGCUCCCUUCCUCAAGCGCUCCAACUCGUGCCCAUGACCCCAGGCUGCGCCGCCCCGCGCGCCGCAUGCCCACGCCCUUUUUGCCCAUACCGAGACUACGAGUACAGCCGCAAAGUUUCGUUCUGAUGAAUUCUGAUUCUCGAUAGCAGGAGGAUAGUGAAGGAGAGGAUACUUACCCACGCGGUGCAGUGCAUUCUUCUUAGCGUGCUACCAAGUGGAUGAUGAUGACAGGAUACCGAGUAUGUAUGUAGGUACUACUAUCCGUUCGCUAGAUCAGAUUGCUACUAAACUGGUGGAGAUUUUGGUAGGUCCGGCUAGUGCUGCGUCCGGAUGCGGAACUCUGAACCAUCUGUUGAAGGAACCGAAGAAAAAAAAAAAUCUUCUCUGUGCUCCGAGACCGAUA